AUGGGUAUUGGGCUGGAUUCUAAGGAUGGUGAUGCUAGUGAAUGCACACAGUACUAUUUGGUGACCCGUUCCGGUUCGAUCCCAUCAACUGGAUCAAGCAAGAAGUUUUUCGGCGGAGAAUUUGAGCAACGACAAAGCCAGACGAAAAAUGAAGUUCAUGCCCUGCAAACAAGAGGGGGGAUAGAGAAAACGGUGAAAAAACGUAUCGCUCCACUCAAAAUGUAUUUCAUAAUGAUUCGGCUGAUGCCUCUACACCCAGCGUUGUACAGACCGCACGACACGGCAGUUACGUUUCCAGUUGCCCGAGAACAUCACAAACAAGAGAUUCAGCUGAGCUCAAGGGGUACAGCGACUCCAGUUGCUAUGGUUUACGUUACUGAGAAAUGGGGAAUCGGAGAACUCAUAGCCGGAUACUGCAAACGACUGCCUCAUCAGUAA